CCUUGAACCUCACUCCACCUCUUCUUGCGCUCAUUUCUUCACGUUCAAUUCACGUCAAUCACGCAUGCUCCUCUUCUUUUCUUCUUCUGUCACGCUACUUUAACUCUGCUAAACGAUUUACUCACGGCCCUCAGCCCUGUCGCUCCUUACGCUCCUUGUUGCCUCGAUAUCCGAGUCCUCCGAGUCACCCGUCUUAAUAUACUUCGGAGCGCCCCUUCGACAACGAGGACUCUUCUUUUGUACUUUUCCACCCUCCUCGUGUAUGGUUGACACCAUGGCGAACUCUACCCUGCAGGAUCUCCCUCCGCUCCCGUCUUACACCCUCGCCUCUCGUCCCUCUAUGAUUCCUGGCGUGCCGGAUAUCGUAUGUCAGUUGUUGGCUCCUGUGAUUGCCUAUUGGGUGGUUUCUGGUUUCUUUCACAUCCUCGACGUCUUUGAUGUUUGCGCAAAGUACCGUCUACAUACUCCAGCAGAGGUGUUGAAGCGGAACCAUGUCACGAGGUGGGAGGUGUUUCGAGAUGUUGUUCUGCAACAAAUAAUCCAGACUGUCUUUGGACUGGCCGUUGCGUACUUCGAUCCGGAGGAGACUGUGGGAAGAGAGGAAUUCGAUGUCACUCUUUGGGCAUAUCGUCUUCGUCACGUCCAGCAAUACGUCCCAAGUCUGCUUGCGAUCAUCGGCUUGGACGCCCAGGCCAUGGGUGGAAAGCUGCAGAACUACCCUCAACUUGCUGCGGCUCUGUGUGGCGGUACUUAUGGGCCUCAGGCUUUCGCUCCUUGGGAAAUGUCUACUGCCAAGUUCAUCUAUUGGAUAGGCAUUCCUGGCGUUCAGUUCACGGUCGCCAUCUUGAUCGUCGAUACAUGGCAAUACUUUUUGCAUCGGGCCAUGCACAUGAACAAGUUUCUAUAUACGACCCUUCAUUCUCGUCACCACCGACUUUAUGUGCCAUAUGCCUACGGUGCUCUAUACAAUCACCCGAUUGAGGGAUUCAUGCUGGAUACGUUGGGUACUGGAAUUGCCUACCUCGUGACGGGCAUGACUAUUCGACAAGGAAUGUGGUUCUUCACCUGCUCUACCAUCAAGACUGUGGAUGAUCACUGCGGUUAUGCAUUCCCAUGGGACCCUCUCCAACACAUCACUUCGAACAACGCCGCUUAUCACGAUGUCCAUCAUCAAAGCUGGGGCAUCAAGACCAACUUUUCCCAACCCUUCUUUACGUUUUGGGACCGUAUCUUGAAUACCGCUUGGACUGGUGGCGACGUAUCGGCUCGAUACCAACGUGACAGGAUCGCUGCUCAGAGAAAGGUCGACGCUGAUCUUGCCUCCUCUCAAGCAUCCGUCGUCAACUCCCCGGAAAUCGAUAUGGAGAAUGCUCAGCAGCAAACCCGCAGCAGUCAGAAGCAAGUGCUCGAAAACCAGGACGGUGCAAGAGUUAUUGCCGAAGAAGCGCGGGAAGAGCAGGAGGUUAAACAGUCUCUCAGACGGAGCACUAGACGAAAGAGUGGUUUUGAUGCCAAAGCCUUUUCAGACCGGAUGGCUGGUACUUUACAUGGGAGGAGUCCGGCCAUCCUCCACGCAGACUGAACCUUUGUGUCCUUUUUCAAAACUCAAUCUUGUCCUUUUGCUCCCGACAGAGACAAAGAAAAAAACACAACAACAUAGCUGGCGGGUCCAAAUUGUCCUUGUUUUGGUUUUUGGGUGACGGGAUUGUUUGGGGACUGUUGCGGAAGGAUAUAUGUCUGGGAGGAGUUGAGAUGCGUACGAAUUAUAUACAAACGUUUUAAAAUAUGGGAGGGUCUUAUUAGACCAAUACCGGUAAUAUGUACCAACACAGAAAAGGAAGAAUGAAGGAGUUCGCAACCCUUUGUUUUCACCACUCCUUUGGUUGCCAAACUCGUAAUUUCCCAAGGUUAAAUUCUUCACAGCAUGUUCGCAUGUUGUACUCUAUACUCACUGGGUUUUCAUCUCUUUAUUCCCCAUGACUGGCCCAAACUGUCUUACUGUUUUGGUGUUGUGUGGGCUGUGAAUGUUUUAUGUGUCUUGUCGGAAGGAAUCCGAACAAAAGACAUUGGAAGAGAGAAGAUACUUGGGUACCUACCUAGGAAUAGGGGAUUUUAUUAACGUAGUAUCUUGAAUAUAGGGGUAUUAUACUCCGUACCAAGUAGUGGAAUUUCUGGGUGGGAUAUCAGAGUACAGUUGACGAUAUAGAAUAUACAAUUUUGAUUUGGCAUUGUACUAGACUGUAUUAGUAUAACGAGCGCCGAAAUAACCUCG